AUUUCAACAUGAAACUCGCCGCGAUUGACGUCACCGAGCCAUCUUUGUCCACCUAAUCCAGGCGGCUGUUUAUUACACCUUCAUUACCGCACGGACUCUGACAGCGCCGGGCUCCGGUAUUAGCCUGCAGGUGCCGCAUCACCGUAGAAAAAGGAGGAGAAGAGCAGGUUUUGUAGCGAGGGGAUACAUCUCGGUGUGGCAGAUACAAGCCAGUGCUCCUCCUAGGCUAUAUAGGCAGGGAAACGCCACAAUAAGCAACCAAAGGGUGCCAGAGGGUAGAGAGGAGCGCAGAAGGCAAUCCACAUCCAUCUGCCAGCCACUUAGUACGCGCUAACAUUUCCAGUCCGGAUCUCAGCACAGCUGUCCAGCCGAUACUACCAGGAAAAUGUCUGCCCCAGCUGGAGCCCCUGCACCAGAGGGAGGGAACCAGCCCCCCAACCUCACCAGCAACCGUCGUCUGCAGCAGACACAGGCACAAGUGGAUGAGGUGGUGGAUAUCAUGCGUGUAAAUGUGGAUAAGGUUCUGGAGCGUGAUCAGAAGCUGUCAGAACUGGACGAUAGGGCUGAUGCCCUGCAGGCUGGAGCCUCUCAGUUUGAGACCAGCGCUGCAAAACUGAAGAAUAAAUACUGGUGGAAGAAUGCCAAGAUGAUGAUUAUCCUGGGUGUGAUAUGCGUGAUUGUCCUCAUCGUCAUUAUUGUGUACUUCAGCACCUAAGAAGAGUUGCUCCUACCCCAGUCUAAUCCUUCCUUGCUACAGAAAAAAAACCUUCAAAUUGAUUACAAAAUUAACCAUGAUAAAUAAUUUACUAUAUAUAUCUCCCGAUUAGCCUCGAUAUAACACCCCUAAACCUUCAGGGCCCCAUGGCUCCCCCACUUCCACCACUUCGCCUCUGGACCCCUGUCAAUAUUUGUCCUGUGAGUGUGUGGCCCUGUCUCCUUUCUGGGUACUCUUGGCUUUUCUAACCUGCCAUACUGAGAACCAAACACUUGUGACGAUGCAACAACAGAAAAGGAAACAACGAUUGGCGAUAAUUGUUACAUAACUGAUAUAUAUAGUUCUUUGUAGAGUUUUAUUCUGAUAUAUACUGUUUUGUAGGUGUGUGUGCGUGUGUGUGUGCAUUUUGUAUUUUUUAAUUUUUGUAUUAAUUUUACGUAUGCUUCAGCGUUAACUACUGCCUAUUAAUCAAAGUGUGUAUUUUGCAUGUUAUCAUCAUCCGUCCGUCCCCUGCUAACUCUCUCUUUUUGGUGUAUUUUUGCACAGUGGAGUCAGUCUCCAUUUCACUAUGGAAAUACCAUUUGAUUUUUGAGUUCAUCUGUGUUACUCAUGCCCACAAAGAGAGUCCAAAAUAAGCCAGAGAACUUAUACUUGUACUGAGAAAAUAUCAUCAAGUUACAAAAAUUUGAGCUAUCACAAAACUGCCCUUGAGAAUUCCCCAGGUAACUCUUACUCCAGCUUCAGAUUUCUAUAACUUGAUGCCAUCAAAGAACUCAAGUCUUAGCCUCUUUGCCGGCUUUCUGAUAUUGAUCAAACAUUCAAAUAAUGCAUGAAUUGUUUAACUAACCCCCAGUAAUCAUCAUCCCCAGUCCUUUCCAUCUGAUCCUCCCAGUAUCUGUGUCAUUUCUCUUUCUCCAUUUCACCCCUCUAAUAACUUUCAUCAUCAACACCCUAACCCUCUUCUGUCUGUUAGCAUGCUUGAACACCUCAAUUUCUUCUGAUGAUUUCUAAACUGCCAUAGUACAGUUGGACCAAUGUCUGUAGAUGUUUCUUUUUUAUUUAAAUAUUACGUAGUGUCUUAUUUCGAAAACAUUCCUUCAUUGCAGUCUAGUGCAAAUGGUCUUACCGUAGCACAUGUAAGUGUAAGUAUCUUUAAAAAAAAUACAUGCGAUGAAACUUGUGUCGAAACCGUCGGUCAUACAAACCAUAGGAGAAAAUAGUUCUAGUAAAUAGCUGUAAGGGUAAGUUUUGGAUAGACAGGAUUAGAUUUUCAAUCUGUCCAAAUUCUUUUCUUUUGUAAUAGGGGUGAUGUUAUCUUAACAUUACACUUACAGUAUGCUGUGGAGAUGUCAUCAAUGUCAAACUGUGGAUAUGGCUUUGAAAAUACUUCUAAUGUCAGGUGAUAAAAUGGGGCCGUCGCAUAAACUGAUUAAUUUACAUAAAGCAAAAGUUAAUUCUUACUGGCCUAUGGCCUACAUGGACACUGAAAAGCCUUAGUCACUUCUAUUAGUUACUGUAGAAUACUUCCAGUCAAACACACCCUUACAUCUGUGUGAAGGGAGUGGCUGACUGCAGAAAAGGAAUCUGUUUAAAAUGCACAAAUAACCUUGUUUUUGAUGGCGCUGUCUGGCUGGUCAAUAGCCUGGCCAAAGGAGAUCCUCGUGCAGCAAAACCUCUCCACAUGAAGAGCACAUAAAAAAAGAGACAAUUCAGCCUUAUUUGCAAAUCCAGGAACAGGGACCGAGGCUAAUGAGGAAAAUGUCAAAUUCACAGUUGAGUUUUAGGUCAGCAACUUUGGGGUAGGCUACAGUCAAACGUUAGCAACAGGAAAGCAAUUAUUUAAAAAAAAAUAAAAAUAGUAGCACUCCUAAGAAGAGUGUUUUGCUAGCGCAGUGGUUCUGUCUCAGUGUUUCUCCCUAUAGUUAAGGCCUUUUUUCUUUUUUAAAUAUAAUAGAUUCUAUUUUUUAUUAUAGUAUAUUUUUGUGUGAAACAGACAGGUAAAGAGGAAGUGGGCAAUCAGUGCUAUUUGCUGCCGACCGCAGCGAGCUCCUCUUUACCUCUGUCUGCUGUGUUUUUUGUAAUUCAGCUCUGUGCGUUAUACACUGCCAAGCAACAAGGGAGAGGCUUCGAUUCUUAUUGCAGUUGUUUCUUUCAUUGGUGCCCUCACUGGUUUGCUCUUAAAAACAUUCUUUUACAUGUGUCUGGCAUCUGCUCCGGUGUGUACUAAACCUUUUGGCUACUUCAUGAGCAGGAGAGCAGGGCAAUAUGAUGCACUUGUUUUUUAAUGCUCUGUCAAACUAAGGCCUUGUACACAUGGACAUGAGAUGAUGUAAACCUAAAAUUCCUCAAUCUGAAACAGUUUUACUUUCAACCAUGGAGGGUCUUUAUUUGCUUGUGGCAAAUCUAAGCUCUGAAGUUGUUCAGCUUGUGUGCAGGCCUGCGUUAAUAAAUGCUGAACAGGAAGCAGCUUAGCUCAUGCUCUACUGCCACUAAUGUCACUAACAAUCCUAAAUUCAGAUCUUACAGAAGGCUACUGUCAGUGGAAAUACAAAGACCACAAAGCCACCAAUAUUUCAGAACAAGUGUGUGUAAAGCCUUAGUAGCCUUACCUCUCUUCAACAUGACUUUUUAUCUUCCCCACCAACUGAGUAGACCAACCUGCCCCCCUUUUGCUCAACUCACUGAUUCAGAAAUCUACAGUGUGUUUGUGUGUGUGUGCGUGUGGGUGUGUGAGUGCAGGUGCAUCAAUGUUUGUAUGUGUGCUAGAAUAGCUCUGUGUUGGGAAUAUCCCUAGUUUAUCCCGACAGAUUAGGCCGCUUAAAUCUCAGCGAGGGCACGUUGUUUCCUUGACCACUGAAGUACACAAGCAGACAGGUUACAGAUCUGCCGUCCGGUUCUAUUAGGAAGGACCCUAACAAACCCCCUUCCUCCCCUUCCCAUGUUUUUUCUCCUCCAAACAGAGCAAAAGUAAACUGCAGAAGAUUAACCAAAGACCAGAAUUCCAUGCUUACGCUGCCAAUUGCCAUCAAAAACAAGUGGAGAGAAACAGGUUACCCAAACUAUCCGAGUCUGUUUUAAAUAGCUUAUACCCUUACCCUAUUUACCAACAGAUAACAGGACCUUUCAGCUAUCACACGCUAUUUAUACGGUGUGUCAGUUUGGCUUGUGAGUGUGCCAUUCUAACAUAUGCAAGUUAAACCAAAACAUAAGGGCCGCAUGCUUCAAAUCUCAAAUACAGUCUGCCCCACCACGUGUAUCCAGGUCUGAAGAGCCUCUUUAAUCUGGAACAAGUUUGUGGACACAUGAUCCUAUAACUAAUAAUAGCACAACUCUUCUUUUUUUGUCUCCAUAGUGCUGCCAAGUUCUAAAAUGAAAAGAAAUCUAACUAUAGCUGUUAAAAAAUAAACCUAGAAAAUGUUAUAAAAAAUCUGCAUUGUUUGGUGUUGUAAUAUGGGGGUGUUUUGGGGGGUAGGGGGUCCUAUAUCCUCAGGUUUAACAUAUUAGCAACUUACCAAAAUAUAUACGAGGACAAAACUAUAUUAGCAAAGUGUAAAAUUGGGUUUUUUGGCAAUAGGAAAUCAUUAUAGGGUGACAAACGGGGUCCUUUUAGCCAUCCUACAGGAGUUAACCACACAGUGGGCCCAAGUGAAAUAACACUACUGAUUGGGGUAGGACUUCUGUGUUAUCCAACUGUUGUGAGCGCUCAGCCAAUUUGGUCACAAUAGUGAAAAUGAAGUGAGUGCUCUCUUUUCCUGUUUGCUUUACUGUCUGUAUGAAAAGAAGUGCGUAUAUAUUUUAACACCGUGACACUUUUUCUGUUGUGAUUCAUUCAUUGUGGUGGGAUGGGAACAUGAUUUGGUGGAGAAUAUUGUUUUGUGUCAGCCUCAAGAAUUGUUCAGCGAUCUCAACUUGCUGUGUUCGGGUCAUUUAGGGGGGUGAUACAAACGUUGCUGACGUGACGAUAUACUCAGACCCUCUUCCAGGUUUGAAUUAUAACUCAUGGACUUAUAAUUCAACCUUGGAAGGAAACGAGCAGAAAGAAGAAACCAACAGAAGAUCUAAUCCUUCGACAAAGCGUCAUGUAAAAUGUACAGAGCGGGAAAUGUUCCCCAACAUUUACUGUCACCCCCCGAAAUGCGCUGAAUGCAGCAAAAGGAGGGAACCUUUUGAGUCUCUGAAUGUUCACUGGAUGACUCUAAUUGUACAAUAUUCUGCUUAAUGUAUGUUUUAUUUUUGAACCAAAUAUUGUUUUGUUUUUUUCAUUUGCAUCAAUUUAGUAAUAAUUCCCGAUGUCACUGAAUUGUUUUUAUGUAAGCACUGAUGGGUAAAGGUAAAGAAAAGGGAAGUUAUUGGGAAAAAAAGUAUUUUUACCUUCAAUUGUCCAGGAUGCUUAGAAUGAUUCUACAGUUUACAUCAGAUUGCCGUUUGUAUCUACAAGAUAUAUUUUUUUGUUUAAAUCUGUUUAUUUUUGAGGAAAGAUUUCAAUUCUUUUUGGGACUAGAGUUUCUGGGAUGAAGGCCCAUAUUGCCCCUGGUCGUCUGGCCUUACAGGAGGGACAGGACUGGAGGAUCAUGGGCAAUGUGCUCAGUUUUAUCUCUUUUUUUUUCUUCUUCUUUUUUUUGCUUUUAUUUAUUGAUAGAUUUAUUGUGCUGUCAUUUGGUAUGGGAUUAGAAACUAAACAAGAUUGAUUCAACAUAAAGGAGAGGAGACUGAAUGAAAAACUAAAGUACAUAAAAUAAUUGUAGUGUAAAUCUAUCAAUGUCUUAUUAUAUUGAUGAACAUCAUGAAAUAUAUGUAUAUUGGAAAAACAGUAUCUAUGACAACUUGUACUUUUGUGUGUGCUUCAUGUGCUUUGUGGGUGUGCAACAAUGGGCAGAUGCAAUUUUGACCGCAAUUCUGGGACCUUAUCUGACCUGUAUGAAUAAGCAUAAAUUUAUUAUCAAUACAAAGAUAAACUUC